AUGCUUGCGAACUUUAACGGGAUCAAACGGGGACAUUUAGGGUGUGUCCGUAACCUCGUGGGGCGUUUUAUGAAUGGUGGAUGUGAAGCCCUCGUGCAGGAAAUGAGAAACUCCAUAACAUCUGACACCGGGGACCAGAUCCGUGACCUGCGCCGGCCGCGCGGAGGUGGCGGGUUGGACCCCGCCAGGACUCCGCCGCAGAUUCUGGCUGGCUCGGGUUACUGCAAGUGGUUUAAUGUCCGCAUGGGGUUUGGAUUUAUAUCGAUGACCAGCAGCGAGGGGAAGCCAGUGGACCCUCCACUAGACGUGUUCGUUCACCAAAGUAAGCUGGUGAUGGAGGGCUUCAGGAGCUUACGGGAGGGCGAGCAGGUUGAAUUCACCUUCAAGAGGUCGAGUAAAGGUCUGGAGUCGCUCAGGGUCACGGGGCCCGGCGGGGGUCCAUGCUCGGGCAGUGACCGACGCCCCAAAGGGAAGGCCCCGCCCCUCAAACGCAAACCAAAGGGAGACCGGUGUUAUAACUGUGGAGGUCUGGACCACCACGCUAAAGAGUGUGGCCUUCCACCCCAGCCAAAGAAGUGUCACUACUGUCAGAGUGUCACACACAUGGUGGCCCAGUGUCCCCACAAGAGCGCGCUGUCCCCCUCCACAUCUCAGGACCCCCAACGCCCCUCCACCUCCGCUCAGUCCCAGGAAGAGGGGAGCCAGUCGGGCUCAUCGUCCUCUCCGGAGGAAGCAUCUCAACGGGGGAGUCACUCCCAGCGCUGGAGGAAAAGCCGGGACUGAAAGCGACCGAAAGGUUCCUCAUCCAGACGAAGCCCGGACCCGAAAUCAUCUACCUCACAGAGGAGACCCUCCCUCCCUUCCUUCCUGUGCAGCUAUGGUAUCAGCCGAUGGGGGUCACGUGUGUACA